AUGCCUCGCCAGAGCCAAAAGGCCUGCAACCAGGAGAACAUCGUCAUCGACCUUGACGGCGACGACAGCAGCGACCAAGAGCGGGAAGAGUUAGAGCAGUUCAUAAAUGAAGUCGAACUUGAGUUUCCUAAGGUGCCACAACAAAGUGGAGUAGAUUGUGGUAUGUAUGUUCUUUACUUCGUGUACUGUUUUCUCACGAUAAAAAAACUGGGAGAAGAUUUGAGCCAUCUGGUAUAUGUCAUCCGCUUCAAACUUUACACAACAUUCCUAUUUGUGCCUCACAAAGUCCUUUACUAA